UCCUGGGUUCCCACCCACCAGACCCAACCCACCACCACACCACAUCACCACCCCACCCCAAGGGUAGGGUUAGCCCCUCCCCUCCCUUGUUCUCUUCCUCCCUCACCUCGCCUCAGCCCCCAAGAAGCUGAGAAGAGCUGCGCAGCCGCCAUACAGCAACGUCCCAGCCGACGAGCCCCACCCACCCCACCAACCCUCCCUCCCCGCCCGCCGUCCACCAGGUUGGUGCCCGCCCGCCACUUAACCCGCCCGCGCCACCAGCCAGUGAGCACUACUAUUUCUUCAACUGAGGCGAGCUGCGGGGAUGAAGAAGCUGUACCAGGGGAAGGGCCGGCGGGUGCACCCGGCGCCGGCGCCGGGUCCCCACGCGGCUGAUGCAGCCCUUGCCAUGCUGCCGGCCACCCUGCUGGCGCUCGUGGCCGCGCUCACCGCCGAGGAGCAGGAGGUGCUGGCCUACCUGCUGUCCGGCGGGGCCGGCGGCGCUGCCGGGGGCCGGCGCAGGCGGCUCAACGGGCCGCACCAGCCGGAGAUGGGCUGCGGCUGCUUCGGCUGCUACAAGAGCUUCUGGGCCCGCUGGGACGCCUCCCCCAACCGCCACCUCAUCCACCGCAUCAUCGACGCCGUCGAGGAGGGCUCCGGCGGAGGGGGCGAGGGAGCAGCCAAAGGAGCCGGAGGACCAGGGGGUGCCACGCGCCGCGGCCACCGCCGCCGGCGCCGUGGCCGCGGCGGGCCGUGCGCCAUCGACGCCGCCGCCGAGGAGCACGGCGCCGCGGAGGUCCACGUCGGCGUCCCGGACGACCACCUGCAAGGCUGCUGCGCGUCGGACGGCGGCGAGGACGGCGACUACGAGGGCGACGAGGACGACGGCGCGGACAGCCUCUACGACGGCGAGGAGGCCCUGACGGACGACAGCGACUGCGCCGGCGCCAACAGCUCCGCCGAGAAGAGCGCCGUCGGCAAGCUGGUGCGCUUCAUCGGCGAGAAGGUGUGGGCCGCCUGGACCUGACCGGCAUCCCCCGCCGCCGCCGCUAGAACUUCUCGUAGAUUAGGGAGAACCAAGAAUGGAGACCACCAAGAAGGUCAGGUCAGGUCAGGUCAGGUCCGUGAAACCAGUAGUAGUAGUAGUAGCAGUUGGUUUUGUCCCAGCAAGCAAGCAAGCAAGCAAGAGCAUCCGCUCUCUCUAUGCCCCUUUUGAUUUCUUGCAACUCUGAAGAACGAGCAACCCCGAGGCUCCGGAUGGGGGUUGUGAUGGUUCAAUCCGACCAAAAUCUCCCCACCUUGGCGCCUCCCAUGUACCAUAUUUUUGCUCAUUUGGUUCAACAAGAAACUUUCCCCA